AUGGCCCUGUCAUGGAUCAUCUUCCUGUUGGGCCACUCGCCUGAAAUCCAGGCCAAAGCGGCGGCAGAAGUGGACACUCUAUUCGAGGCGACGGAAGACAGCGCUGAGAAGAAUUCGGAGAAAUUCUUACUAACAUUGGAUCAACUCAAAGAACUUAAAUUUCUCGAGUGUUGUAUCAAAGAGGGGCUCCGACUCUGUCCGUCCGUACCAUUCAUUGGCCGCCGGGUGCACGAGGAGAUGGAUAUUAACGGCUAUAAAGUGCCCGUAGGCACCAUUAUAUUCGUGUACAUAUACAUGCUGCACAGGGAUCCCAAAGUGUUCCCGAACCCCGAGCAGUUUAAUCCGGACCGCUUUUUGCCCGAG